AUUAAUUAAAAAAUGUAUAGCAUUAUGAAAUGUUACACGAUUUUCACGACAGUGAUAAUCUAUAUUACCGAAACGUAUCCGAAUUGUUUUCCGGCCAAAAACUAUGAAAUUGGCAACGUUCUCCAAAAAUAUUUGCCUUAAUUAUAUUCUCCUAAGGAUUCAAUAGUAAUUGUAUUAAUGCUAUACAAAAUCAAAAUGGAUCAAAAAGUGUAUUUUAGAAAGCUUUUCUUCCAACAUUUAAAAACAUUGACACUGCUUCUAGUAUGUUGGACAUAGCUGUAGGUUUGAGAAGUAUGAAAUUGAAUUUUUUUUUAAUACUUUAAUACAGUUAAUUGAGAUAUUGAAUACAAUUGACGAUGUAUCAAAAAUAUAUAAAAAAAUAUUAGUUAUUAUUUAUUAUUAUAAGUAAGAGCUAAAAAUUGUUCCAAGAAAAUUAAAUUUUUGGUUAUCUGGACACAGAAUAAUCGUGUAAGCAUAUUAAAUUAUAAUUAUGCAAAAGUACUAAACCUAAUUCGCGUCAGAAUUACAACAAUUGCCAACAACUGAUCUGUCUUUGAAAAUAUAAAAAAUUAUAAAACACAAUUUUAUAAACGGAUAAUGUCAAUCUGCUGAAACUAUUUUUGUCUGAGCAGCGCUUAUGAACAAUAUUAUACGAUUUUUUUUUUUUAAAUGUACUGAGCAUCACUAAUGUUGCCAAAAUAAAUGAAAACGAAAUCGCUUAUCGGUGCUCUUCAUAACUCCUUUCUGUCUGCCUUGUACGUGCUUUUACUGUUAUCGUCGCUUUGUGUGUACGCUAUUGCAAACUGGCUGCAAAUUGCAAUAUUAUUUCAUGAUCACUUUUCUUUAAUAAGUAUUAUAACAAAAACGAUCGCGUAGUGCAAUUACUGUCAACAUUCACUAUGGUUGCUGUGGUCAUAAACGCCUAUUCGAGCUAUGAGCGUAGAAAGGUGCCACUGGCUGCAGACGAUUGGAAAAUCUUCACCGACACACACUCCCAGACACAAACAUGCUGUGACGCACUUGUUGCCGGAUCGGCCGGUCAGUACCCGUUGCUUUCCUCCGGUACCAGUUUGUUUGUUGCCUUGCGCUUUUUUCCCUCCGUAGUUUUCAAUCAGUUGGUUUGUUUGUCGCAUUAGCCUUACUGGCUGCUGCGUAGGAACAGUGAAAAGAGAAAGUUUCCUUGCAAAACAUUUCAAUCACAGUUCGUGUACCGCCAGCAGCUGUAACUUGAGACAAAUUUGCCUGUAUUAACACGCACGCACACAGAUGUAAGCAAUUUGUCAGUAAUAAUGUAAAAAAGCAUCUAUCGAAAUAAACAUAAGUUUUUUGCACUAAAUUGCCAACCACCUUGUUGUAGUGGUUAGCGAUUACUCAACCUGCUUUCCAUCCUAGUUUAUGACUGACAUUAAACAAAUUUUUUUAUACGUCAGUCUUUCAAUUCUAUUUAAGGAAAAUCUGUUGAACUAUGUUAUGGAAACAAAGAUUAUCGAUAAGCAUACAAAGAUGUUGUAUGUGAACCUAAAAUAAUGUGUUCGAGUAUUCAUGAAAGUUUUAAAUAUUCUUUAAUAAUUUUAUGAUAUUCCUGGACCCUGAAGUUUAUUAACGCUAGAAAAAAACGUCGGAGAUCCUAUAAAAUGUAUAUAUAACUAAAUCAUCAGAGAGCCGAGCUGAGUCGAUUUAGCCAUGUACGUCUAGAUACACGCGAACUAGUAUCUCAUUUUUGGAGCUAUCGAUCUGAAAUAUUGUACACGUCCUUUUCUUUCCAAUAAGCGAUUUGUUUCAAAAUUAAGUCCUUGUAUGAAAAACCUUUUAUUUGACAAGUUAUUUUUACGAAAUUUGGCAUCGACUAUUAUUGUUGUUGUUGUUGUUGUUGUGUCUAAAGCAUCGCUACAAUCUCCGAACGAAUUGUUCAGAUCGGACAACUACAAAAACACAAAAAAAAAUCUUCAUAAUUCCUUAUUAAGUGGCCUUAACUCGAACUGAGUAUUCUUUAUAUAAAACAACGUAAAUAUUUUAAUAAAAGCAUGUUCAAAAGCUCUUGUUACACAUAUUUUUCGAUAUUUCCAAGUUGUGUUAAAAUAAAAAUCCCAAUGAAAUAUAAUAUAUUAUAUUAGAAGUGGCACAUAUUUAAAUUUUCCAAGCAGUCUGCGAUAUCUCUAACACCACACACACACUGCUUGGCUUAUAAGGCCAUCAUCAUCUAAUCGCCACAAGGCCUACAACACCUCAUGGCGGCUAUUUAGAACCUUCAAUUAUGAGUGCAAACAUAGCAGAGCGAUGCCCCUUAUUACGACUCGAAUCGCACCUAAUGGUUACAACCAAACUUACGCAUGGGUAUUACGAUGGUUUGCGCCUCGGAGGCACAGUGGAGAACAGUGCAAUGAAACAUUUACAACAAGAACCUCUACUCCACUUUGUGCUAUUGAGUUGUUAAACUUCGAGAUAAAAGACUGGUUUGAAAAACCAAAAACAAAAGAAACACAUAAAUAACUAUUGUACAUGACCUCGACACGAAAAGCUUCUGACGGACUUUAGCAUAAAAGCAAAGAGAUUACCACGGCAUACAUAUGUAAUUAUGCGCCCGUCAGCUCAUAGACAUGCAUACAUACAUGUGUGUAAGUGGUAAUGUAGUAGGCUGGAGCUGAGCUUUCGAAAAAUAAGUCAUUAUCCAUAACAACAAAGCCACCACAAAAACUGCAGCUCCAGUCGAGAGCGCGGUGAGCGAAAUGAGAGUGCCAACAUUAAAGAGAAAAUGUACGAGAGAGAGGGAGACUUCGAGGGGAACCAUAUAAAACAAUACCAACGCUCUAAGCGUUGACAAAUCGCAAGCGAAGCUUUAUGCAAGCCUUGGUUGGAAAGCCAACGUAGCGUGCCAGUCUUUGACUUUUCUGUCUAACCGUGUUUUCGUAAGGCUGACGCUGUUGCUUUGGCUCUUGCUGCUGCAAGUUGCGCCACAGUUUGGUAAUACGCUUACCACCUGAGUAGCGGUGGCAGCGGAGGUAGUAGCAAUAAGUGGUCAUGUCUUGUCGCAACACAGCGCCGAAGCAGUAAGCUUAGUCUUCAACGAGUUUGGCUCGAAAACGGUUGUCGUUAGCGGCUCAAUCUGCAUUUAUUACGCACACUACAGAUACUCUAGCACAAGUACGUAACAUUUUCGGGCGUUUACUAUAUGCGUGGAAGCUAAAGGAAAUUGUGAAAUUUGCAACACACACCGAAACCGAAUACAUGCACAGUUGUGAUUAAUUUUUUUAAAUCUUGAACAACUCCACUUUGAAAAAAAGACCGCCAAUGCAUUUUGACGGCACCUUAGCGUUUGCGCUUUAGCUUCCACUGAAGCGAUUGAAGCGAUUACACAGUGUUUGUUUCGAAAUUGUGAUUUGUUUAAUUUUCCUCAUAAAUAAAUUUGCGAAAAUAAUUUUAACUGUUGUGUGGGCCAGCAAUAAUUGAAUUUCAAAAAAAUAACUAAAUUACAUAAACAAAAAUAAAAUCAGCUUGGAUUGUUAUUGUAAAUUUGUGCGUGUGUAUUCUGUGGUUACGAUUUGGGUUAAUUAUCCAUUUGUUGGCAAGUGGACUUAGAACGCAGACGCACUUAAACACGCGAACGAAAAAUCAAAACGUCCUUGAAAAUUUAAAAAUUGAAAAAAAAACCUAAAUAAAAAUAAAAAACAAAAUAAAACAGUAAAAUAGUAGAAGCUCCGCGUAAUGUCCUUGCAGUUGUUAGGCGCCCCAAAAAAAGUGUUUUUUUCCGCGAGUAAAUCUACACAACAGUUGUAAAACUAAUAAGGAUUAUGCGACCUAAUGCCAAUAGCGGCUGUUGUACGCUAGAAAACGCUGCAAACACUGCGGCCCUACGGAGCUUGCCACCAUAUCCUUUGACACAGACUGCCCAAUUGCACUCACAUCUACCGCCGCAUCCGCAUCAGCAACAAGCACAGCAACAACAAAAUCUUCAUCAUCACCACCAUCAGCAACAGCAGCAGCACCUCCAUCACAAUCACCAGCCACAACACCAUUUUCACGCGCAACCACAUCUCGUACAACAGCAGCAAGCUUUCAAGCCGCCAACGCCUAAUCAUUGGUUGCCUCAACAAAGCCUCUACAAUGCUGCCGCACAUCCAUCUACUGUUCACAAAAGUGUUGGAAUUGGUCGACAUGCGCCUCUGCCAUUGAGCCAAAGUUUGAACCAGCUGGCACCUACAGCAGGGCUUCACUCGCACCCACAGCACCAAUAUCACCAGUACCUAGGUAGCCUGCAGACGUUGCAUCAACAGUCCACACAUGCCCCACAUCAUUUUAAUGGUUAUGCUUCUGCGAGUCAAUCUCGCUCGGGUCCAACGCCGGAUCAGUUGAGCUCUAACACAACUUCAGCAGCAACCACGCAUCCACACAACUUCAACAAGCUAUCCAAUACGUCGGUGAUUAAUCCGCAGCGUAUCCACGAAUGCGCCGGCAUACCGCUCAUCUCCAACGCCAGCACACAUUUGACAGCGAGCCAACGGCAACGCGUCCAACGCAAACUAUCACGUUCACCCGUGCCUCAUCAAAAGCUGGCAACAGUUGGUGGCGUCGAACAGGCGUACAAUUUGCACCAUCCCACUUUGUAUAUGACUCGCAAUUCGAAUGCUGCCAGUUGUUCACAGAUUUCCCAACUCGCUGCGCAUGCUCAAGGUGUGCCCUUGCUGCUCCACAAACAGCAACAGCAAUUGCAACAAAAUUCCGCACAAAAAUGGUCUAUGCCAAAUAAUGGAUCCAAUGCCUUUCUCCCCGCAACGUCCACGUGCACCGUAAAAUCAAAUGGUGACCAACCUACGCGCAGCACUCUUCGUUACCAACACUCUGCACCAGCUGCACUCAGUACACGUGACAAGGAGAAUUCCACAACGCCGGCGACGGCAGAAAUCCCAAUUGCGUCUGAAACGCCCAAAGAAAACACCGACAGUGGGGAGGCAGCACUACCGCGUAUAAUUAAACCACGCAAACGGCGAAAGAAGGAUCGCAAACCGGCGACUAAUGGUAUUUUCCUGAAAUUAGAUGCGAUUUCAAGUACUACGACCGCAUCGGAUAAGGAGAGUAAGUCGUCACAAAUUAGCGGAUUAGGCAUGUCACAGUUGCUUUCUAGGCAGCACCAACAAUUACAACAAACAUAUUUGAAUCCGCCUGAAGGCGUCAAUGAGAACGCCUUCAACCCUAAAUGUAUCAACUUUUUUAUUGGCCACAAUCAACCAACAGACGCUCAUGCUUUUACUUCAAACACGGCACAGCAGAACUGCAAACCAAGAAGUCUGCUGCAAUCUGCUUGUUUAAAAUCCAACAGUUAUCUAAACGACGUCAAAAUGACAAAAUGUGACGACACACCAGAUGAGCAUGGCAUUUGUUUCUGCAGCGUCUGUGAUCCGCUACGUUUAAUUUGGGACUAUCCGCUGAGGCGCUCUCUCUCCGAUUCGUCAACCGCAUCGGCACGCACACAUUCCUCGUCAUCAACAUCCUCCUCAACGUCGGCGUCGCCCUCACAUACUUCCUCUGCGGAGGCGUCAUCGUCUUGCUGUUCAUCGACACCAUUGAUAGACGGCGCCAUGUCGCCCACAGCCGCACUUUCACGCGCAGAUCGCGUGGGUGUUAUUGGCUCCAAUCGCAAUGUGCCCGAUAGCAAUCGGGAUGCGACGAAACGCAACGAUAUGUUAUGUGACGUAUUCGGCGGCAGAACUGCUACGAAUGGCUGUCUGAGCGAUUCGAAUGACUCGGGUUACGGUGACAUACUGAGUGGCAUUAAUAUUGCCGAUGAUUUCUUCAGUCAGAGUGCAAUACACCAAACAUCUACUGUACUAGCACCACUUUUCGAAGUUACCGACAUAGGCUUGAACGCAGGACCAACGUCUACCAAUCGUUCACUGAAAGCAGGUAGCGUCACAUUGCCGGCCUUGCUGCCUGUAACCGAUGAUGCUUUGCUAACAGAGAGUAUUAACGAGAUUUCACGCAAACUUAUCGAAACCUGCGGCAGCGAGCUGUCUAACGAACUGGUAGCGGGGGCGGCGACGCUUUCAACGAGCGCCUAUUCACGCUGCAGCAGUGAUUUCUCCACGGAUAGUGGCAUCGAUAGCGCUGCCAUUGUGAAUUGUGAUGAGUUGGUCUUCAAGUUUGACAAUUUGAAUUUUAUGAUCGAUCCAAUUGUGAAAUGUUCCAUAAAUGACGAAAACAACAAUAAUACUAGCAGUGUAAAUAACAACACAAUUACAGCUCACGUUGGGCCAGUGAUGGCAACAACAGCAGCAACAACAGUCGCGACAGCCAGCACAGAGGAACAGUUUCUUCUAAAUGCAUCAAAUAUGAAUCUCCUCUUCAAUGUUAAUAAUAACGACAAUAAUACAAACAUCUUCGAGUUUCAAAGGGAAAACGAGCGACAACAGUUUAACCAUCAACAAUCGUUAAACGAAAAACAACAGCAACAACAACACGAUCAACAAUUCGUGAAUAAUUGUUUUGAUUUAGUGUGGCCAACAAAAUUUGAGCGUUGCAUACGAGAGACGGCAACAAAAAUACUAGAUUUGGAUGUGAAUAAGCAUAUGGGCGCAUUAACUUUCACAGAGAUCGCUUAGAUGAUGUUUAGCUGUGUAAAUCGAUGAAUUAAAUAAUGAAGUCUUAGCGUAUAAUAAAGAUAAGACGUAUAACUACGGCAGCCAAAAGUGAUUUGUUGCACAAAUUCACAGCGCUCUCCUCAAAAAGUGGGCAGAUAAUAAGUUCCUGCAAAUCCCUCAAAAUCUUGGGAUACAUUUCUAACGGUUACACCGAACCCGUCCACUGUAUGCGAUCUAUCCCUAAUACACACACGCCUCAAUUUCGUUUGCAUUCACUUCAAUCGGACCUGGCCCAUUGGCAGAGUAUUACGCAACAUCAUUAUAGACCAAGUGAAAACUAUGUUAUUGUGUAGCUCAAGGGCCUGCCAGGGGUCGGUCGGCAACGCAACAAGCGACCAACAAAAUUGAGCGAUACACAAACAAAGCACUGUGAAAAAAAAUAACAAUGCGAUGAAAGUGAAUUGUCUUAACAAAAACCAACACACAAGCACAUGCUAAAACCGCAAAGAAAAAAUAAAACACAGCUGAAUUUGGUGUAUCGUCUUUGCAUAUUUUUCUUACAAUUGCGACAUCGUUUUUUCCUGUUUCCGCUUGUGUUGUUGGUCAAAUCAGAGAAACGGAAAAAAAGAACAGAUAAGCAACAACAAUGUUGGUUACAAAAUCAAAGCACCAACAGCAUAAGCGGCUACGGCCACAAGCUUAACACCGCCGCGACAAAAGCGUUUCUCGCAUUACUAAACAGCGGAGACGAAAAACGAACAAAUGAAAUAAUAAUAUGGCACAUAAAAAAAAGUAUAUAUACAUAUACUUGUAUAUAUAUAUAUAUAUAUAUAUAUAUAAAACUAAAAAAAAUAUUACAAAGCGACUAAUGCUGCAAAAACAACUAUAUUAAAAGCUCAACAAAGCACGCAUUGUAUGUAAUAACACAAACAAAAACAAUAGUAAAACCACUGCUAAAGAGCAAAACAUAUAUGUACAAACAUAUACAUACAUACAUAUGUAUUCGUAUAUAAUUGCGGCUAAAAAGUGUAUAAGUCACCCGAGGGAUCGAGCACCGCAGUCGGCCGCAACCGUAACCCGACAACGCCACUGCAUAUAUCAACAAUAGCAAAAGUAAAAUACAAAAGCAAAAAUAAAAACAACGAAAAAUAUAAAAACAAAUAAUUGAAAACCAAACAGUCAAGCCAGACUGACUUGGCUGUAGGCCGUAACAGAAAGGCAGAGCUAAACUGAAACUUUCACUUUCUCUGCACUCACCAAACCACAACAGCUACAACAGAUCAGCUGCGCACAAACCACCGGGCGAACGUACGAAUGUCCGUCCAUCCGUCCGUACGCCUAACCAACCAACCAGCCAUUGCACCGUGGCGUCACGACAUGCAAAUUUAUGAACCAAGCUCUAAGCUAGGCGACGCGCAGCACCAACUUGAGCGCCGUGCAGUUGAAUGAAGUUAUAUGGCAGUCAUGGCUUGACAUGCAAUCGCUUAUGGCCACGAGUGACGGGCGAACGUCGCGUAAUUAGACAUUGUGUUCGUUUUAUUGUGCAUUUGAUUCUGUGUUUGUUGGUUUGGUAUCUCAGACUGUGGACCUUUCUAGUGGGUGUGCUGCAGUGAUCGCGAAUUAGAGACUCGUCUGCACAUUUGCUUGGUGGCCAACCACUGAGGAGACUUCAAACUUAAUGCCAACCUUAAACGGUUCUACAACAUGGACUCUGACUUUUACACACACAUACAUAUUAAACUUCAUAUAUUCAUAUUUCUAUAUUUUUAACUUUGGUAUUUAUUGCUUCUUUAGAAAAUCGUAAAUUUUAACUGUUAUUUAUUUAGUAUUGUUAUUUGUGCAUAAAGUGACACACACACACACAGCAAAUUGAAAAGUUGGUUAUGGUUUAGAUUUAGGUAUUAAAAUUAUAAGUAACGGUUAAGUUAUAUAUAACAGAUUUAUAUGCAUACGGGUAGUAUAGUUUCUGCAAAGAUUUAUUUCUAGGCUUAAAACUGAUACUAAUUAAUUUCUUAGUUUUGGUGUAUUUUCAAUUAAUUCUCUGCCGAUGAGAUAUAACGGCAUAAUUCCAUUCUAAACAUAUUAUAUUUUGAAGAAAGUAUUUUUAAAGUUACCACUGCAUUAAAUAUUUCAUAUUUUUACAUUUACAAUUACAAUUUUUACUAAGCGCGUAGAAUACAUUUUCUACUUUAGUUUAAGUCUGAGCGCAUAGUGGAGCAAAUAUUGCGGUUAGUAGCAAAUUUGUUUGGUUAAACUCAUCGGAGCGUAUUAGUGAAAGCAAGAAACAGAAAAACUUGCAAAUUUAUACUUAGUAUGCGCCGUGGUAUUACAUAAUAUAAUAUUAUAUAUAUAUACUUUCACUACUUUGCGGUUUACCCUUAACGCCGUUUUGCAUUUCUUUCCACUAUGCGCUUAGAGUAAAUAAGCUUAAACGGUUAGGUCUAAUUUUUGAAAGAAUUGAAAAUUUAAUAAUUUAAAUUUAGAAAUAUACUAGGUUUAUGACUACAGUGUGGUUUUAAAAUAAUAUGUGUGAUUUAUCGCCCUACACUCACCAUAAGAAAGUUCCAAAAUGAUUUCAGUCUAUAUACAUAUCUAAGGUUUAAUUAAUAACAUCAAAAGUCAUUGUUUUCUAUAUUUUUCUCUUAAACUUACACUAGGUUUUAUAAUAUCAGCGCCCUCUAUACUUUUGUGAUGAACAUAUGCAAAUUUAAUUGAAAUAAUUAGCUUCAGACUUAUUAUUCCAAAAAAUGAUCAAUUUCCUUAAAAUCGUACUCGACAUAACCUAUAAAGUACAUAACUGAAGUUAGUAACUUUAUAUCUUUUGCUGUCAGCUCAUUGUUGCAUACCCAAGACAACGAAAUUCAUACAUUUAAAUAUUCAAUACACUAAAAUCAAAUAUAAAGCGUUCUCUUUAGAAUUUUUGAAAACCAACUUGCGCUGUUCUGUCAAGCAGCCAACUAACCGCACCAAAUAAAAAACCUAAUUUGCCAAAUAGAAACUAACGGAAUUAGCUAGCUCACUGUUUAACAAGCCUAAACUUUUCAUUUCACCGAGAGUAGUUAAAAAACUCCAGUCCUUUAUACAAUCUCCGCUUUUUAAUUUAUCUAUGUAAAAUCUCUCACAAAAUAUAUGUAAGAAUGUAUAUUUGAUUUUUUUUACCUUAACAUUUUUUCGUACAUUUUCCCUUCCUUUCACAAUGACUGCUUGCCGAGUACUUAUUAAUAAUAAAUAAUAAGAGCGCCGUCUAGAGAAACUGCCUUGUUUUCCAAGUUAAAUACUGCAUCCGCCGCUUUGGUGCGGUGAAAAUGAAUGUUGUUUAUUGCAGCAACUUUAUCUCUGCUUGUUUUUGCUGUGCGCGUGCGUGUAUAUACAUAUGUAUGCGGUAGUGUUGUUUGCGCUGCGCACUCCAUCAACGGGUCCGAUCUGCAUUUGCACCAUCACCGAGCGCAGUCAUUGUCUUUAUGAAUUAAAACAACAAAAAAUAAAUGAAAACACACACACAUACACCCCUCUAACAGAUACUGCGUCACAAUACAGCAGAAACAAAGCCGAGAUUUCUAUUUUAUACAAUAUCAAUAGAUCAAAACAGCAGAGUAUGCAGCAAAUUAGUGAAACCGACCGACCGACCGACUAUACAGCACGCAUCCGUGCUUUUGUCUCAGCUCUAUACACUUUUACAGUUAUUAGUUGCUGAAUUAAACCAAGCAACAUCCAGCAGCUAGUCAGACUUGGGUGAAGAUCCGCGAAAUUGUCUGCUGAUUUUUGAGCUCCUGCAUACAUAUACUUGUAGAUGUGUAUGCGUGUGUGUGCGCAUCAUUUGAUAUUUUUCAAUGCAAACAAAAAAUUGGUAAAAAUGUCACAGCAUGAGCUGUAGAUGCUGAUUGCUUUCUUUCUUGGAUAAUAGAUUCAGUAUUUUUAAGCAAUAACUUAACGAAUUAAAAAUAUGUACUGCAUGUUUUUGAUUUCACACAUUCCGAUGUUUAACAAUUUCUAAUUUCAAAAUUAUAUAUCACAUUACAUUUUGAAAAAUCUUUUUUUUUAUUUAUUGCCUAAUUUGAACAAAAAAUUAAUUACACUAGAAUUAGGAGUUUAUGUUCCAAAAAAUCACAUUAUUCUUUAGUAUUGAUCAGUAAAGUAUGCGCACUUUAAAUUGUAAAACAUUCCAGUUUUAGAGUCUCAAGACACGUUUUAUUUAAGUUAGAGUGUUAUGCGAAAGGUUAGCCGUUCUUUUCUACUCACUUGAUUAAUAAUUUUGUGUGGGGUUUUUAGUUUCAUGUUUGAAUUAGGUUAUGUGGAUAUUAUUCUCAAGAAUUGUAGAAAAUACAUAUGUUUUCAAAGACUGUUAUUUUAUUAUAAAAUUUAAUAAUCCCCCGGUUCUCGUUAUUUAAAAUAAUUCAUGAAAAAUCUUUAGUGUUUUUUUUAUAUUUAUGUAUGUCGGAGUAUUUUUAAUUUAGUUUGAUCUCUUAUGUAAAAUCAUACACACAUAUGUACAUACAUACAUUCUUACAAAUAAUAUAUAAAUAUGAAAGUGAAAUGGUCGCAUUGAAAAGGGGUGGGAUUAUAUAAGUUUUCUUCGAAUAAUUAUUGAAUAUCUAUGUGGAAAUUUUUUAUUAAACUCUGUAUGGGUUUUAUUGAUUGUAAACUAUUUCAAUAUAAUUUGACCAAAAGAAAACUUGGACACAGCAUUAUGCCAAGCAUUUAAAUGAUAACUUUAUUUUCUAUUUAAACGUUCUCUGCCAAUAUUUCUACCACAUCUAUCAUUAAAAAUCGAGUACACGUAAAAAAUAUCGAUACUUUUCAUGAAUUUUUGCUUAGCUAGCAAAAGCUUCGAGUUAAAACAGGCGUUUUGUCAAAUUUCCACAAUUAUUUAUAUAAAUAUUUGUAUGUAUGUGAGUUCAUAAUAGCAAUUUUAUUUUGCAAACCAACAUAUGUACCUAGUAGGUUGUCUUUAUUGCCAAUUACUUUGCCCAAAAAUAAUUCAUAGCAAUAAAUAAUUACAGUUGUAAGUUAGUUUCAGUGAAUUUGUGCACAAAUAACAAGUAUACAAAGUAUUUAUUAAAAUAACAUAUUUAUUUACUUAUUAAUUAUGACUAUUGUUCACCUAUUCAUACACCGACCCAAUAAAUAUUAUUAUUGGGCAAUCAAGCCGAUUCUUUUUAAUUAAGAAUAAAUGCACUUGUUAUAAAAAUUGACAAUUGUACAAGCUCAUAUUUGGCUACAAGUAAACUUAAAUCUAUUUUUAGUUUUAGCCUAUACCAUAUAUGAUAUUUAUUGAAACAAAUAAAAUGCAUUGUUAUAAACAAUUGUUGCUAACAAAAUAUUUGUGCGAGUUCAUUUUUGAUUUUUGUAUGUCUCACUUUGCUGUUACACUUUGUUCUCCCGUAAGUACAAUACAUACAUAUAGUAUGUCGAUCAUGUGUGUUAGCCAAUUUUCACCGAAAGUUGUUAGCUUUUUUCUGAGUGACAAUGAUGUUUUUAGAAAUUUCGUCAAUUUUGAUAGAGCACAAUUCUCGUUGGUGUGUGAAUU